CUAUAAAAUCAUCUCUACCCGUCGAUAUGGAAACGAAUUAAAACCUCAUCGAAACUGAUCGAUAUACAUUAUCCUGCCCAGCUUCACCGGCAAUAACCUAAAAAUUCCACUCCUCCAUUUCCUCCCGUCGACGGCACCACCAGUCCACCACCAUGGACGUCGAGAAAAUUUUCCACAUGAAUGGAGGAGUCGGCCAAACUAGCUACUCCAAGAACUCUUCCCUUCAAAAGAAGGCAUCGGAGAAGGUGAAACACGUGACUCUAGAGAGCAUCGAAGAAGUUUAUGUAACGACAACUCCCACAAGCUUGGGCAUUGCCGACUUAGGAUGUUCCACGGGACAAAACGCGCUGUCCAACGUUAAAGAAAUGGUGGAAACGGUGGGGAGGACGAGCUCGGCGCUCCGGCUCCCGGAGCCGGAGUUCCGGGUGUACCUCAACGAUCUCCCCACCAACGAUUUCAACGCCAUUUUCCAGGCCUUGCCGGAGUUUCAUCACCAGCUGAGAAAGGAAAGAGGAGGAGGAGGACCUUCCAUAUACGUGGCGGCUUACCCGGGCACGUUUUACGGGAGACUUUUCCCAGAAAAUAGCUUGCACUUUGUUUAUUCCUCCAACAGCUUGCACUGGCUUUCAAAGGUUCCACCAGGGCUAUAUGAUUCCGAGGGGAGGUCAAUAAACAAAGGAAGCAUAUACAUAUCUGAAGGGAGCCCCCCCGAGGUGGCCCAAGCCUAUGUUGACCAGUUUAAUUUGGACUUCCCAUUGUUCCUUCGUUUGCGGUCAGCGGAGCUUAUAGUGGGAGGGAAAAUGGUGUUGAUUUUUCUUGGGAGAGAAAGCCACCUUCACCUUGAUAGAGGGAAUUCUUUCCUGUGGGAACUCCUUGUCAGGUCAUUCUCCACUUUAAUAUCCAAGGGAGAAGUUGAGGAGGAGAAAGUGGACUCUUAUGAUGUUCAUUUCUAUGCCCCGUCAAAGGAAGAGGUAGAGGAUGCUGUGAAGAGGGAAGGUUCAUUUGCACUGGAGAAGCUAGAAAUGUUUGAAACAGACAAGGAAGUAGAGGAUGUUGGGAAGAUGAGCCAUGGAAGGAGAGUUGCUAUGGCAGUUAGGGCAGUUCAAGAAUCAAUGUUGACUCACCACUUUGGGGAAGCAAUACUGGAGCCUUUGUUUGAGGAGUAUGGGAGAUUGAUGGAUCUUGAAAUGGCUAAGCAAGAGAUCAGACCAAUUACUUUUGUUGUUGUACUUGGGAAACUUUGAUCACUUCAGCCAAGCUCCUUUGGUGUUACCAUUUGGCUUCUAAUCAGAAUAAAUAAGCCAGAUUCCUCCUGUCUUAUAUUUUGCAUGAAUUGGAUUUCAGUAAAUCUGUAAAUGUCUUUAUCUUUAAAAUAAACUAAUAUAUUUACACAUUAUUUCAGUCACAUAUAUAAUAAAGUGUAUCAUGUGUUUUGAUAUCGAGCAUUUUAAAAGCAAAUGCAAAGCAAUGUUGUCUCUUUUCCAUGAAUUUUGCAUGAUAUUACUCCGUCC